AUGUACGUCGAUUUCGUUUUCUCGAGUCUUCUCCCUCUGACCCGCCUAUUCACUUGCUUGCGUUCUAUUGUCUUUAACAAUAAUACCACGACCCUCUCCUCCACUCAUUAUAAGUACAAUACUACAUUACCUUACCACACUCCAUAUCUCGGUCUCCGAGCACGACUCUCACAAGUAUGGAUCAACCGUUGGACGAUCUUGCUGGUCCUCAUCAUAUGCCGUCUCCUCCUCGCAACCACAGAUCUCAACUACGACCUAGCCAACGCAAAACAAGAAGCAUUAUCGGCAUGUACGAGUGUUGAGAAUGUUGGCAGCGCGAUGGCAUCCAUGCCACAUUACCUCUCAGAUGGUGUUAAUGCACUCGCUGCCGAUGGGGUCACCAAAGCCAUCAACGGGCUGAUGGAUAUGCUAAUGCUCACCAUCACCGGCGUGGAGAGCAUUAUUUUAUUCGUCAUCAAUAUGAUGACCUCGACUUACGUCUGUCUAAUUACCCUGGCUGUCACAGGCAGCUUACACGUCGCGAUCCAGAUGAUUGAGGAGGUUGGUGCCUUCAUGAACAAGUCCAUCAACAGCAUCACGGGCGAUAUCUCAAGCGAUCUCACGACCUUCCAAAACGGCCUGAACAGCUUUCUGAGUGAUCUGAAUAUUGGCGGUCUCUUUGGGGGUUCCAAAUCCCCUCCUACCGUAAACCUCUCGUCACAGAUUGCGGCGCUGAAUAGCAUCCAAAUCGAUCCUACAACCAUGGAUGCCGAUCUGACCAGGCUCAACGCGUCCCUUCCCACGUUUCCUCAGGUCCAGAAUUUCACGAAUAAGGCUAUUAGUUAUCCUUUUGGGCUCGUGAAGGACGCCAUCAACUCAUCCAUGGCAGGUUAUACCUUCGAUAAGAGCGUUUUCCCUGUUGCCCCGAAGCAGGCUCUUACCUUCUGCUCCAACAGCACCGCAAUCGACGAUUUCUUUGAGGGGCUCGUCAAAGUUGUUUUUACCGCUCGGAAGAUAUUCAUCAUCGUGCUUACGCUGGCGGCUGUAUUGGCCUGUGUACCGAUGGCCUACCGAGAGAUAUGGCACUGGCGAACAAUGCGGCAGCGAUCAAUCUUAUUACAGAAGCAAGCUUUCGACCCCAUGGAUGUGAUCUACAUCGCCUCGCGACCAUAUACAAGCACAGCUGGAAUCAAACUGGCGUCUCGGUUCAAGAGCACCAAGCGUCAGAUCCAUGUCCGCUGGUUUAUUGCAUAUAUAACCACGCUCCCUGCGCUGUUCGUCCUUGCUCUUGGCCUGGCCGGUCUCUUCACCUGUCUCUGCCAGUAUAUCGUCCUCAAGGCCAUAGAAAAAGAGGUACCCGUCCUUGCAGAUGAGGUGGGAGACUUCGCGAACACGGUCGUCUCAGCACUGAACAACGCCUCUGAAUCCUGGGCCAAAUCAGCAAACGACGUCCUCAACAGCACCAAUACUAAGAUCAAUCAUGAUGUCUUCAGCUGGGCGGUCAAUGCGAGCGUGGCAGCGAACAACACAUUGAACACCUUCACUGACCAGAUGACCUUGGCGCUGAAUGAGACCUUCGGAGGCACCAUCCUCUACGACCCCAUCACCGAAGUGCUCAACUGCCUCAUCGGUUUGAAGAUUGCCGGGAUCGAAAAGGGUCUCACGUGGGUUACGAACAACGCUCACGUCACGAUCCCCGAGUUCCGCCCCGACGUCUUCUCUCUGGGUGCUGCAGCCAGCCUCACCAACUCCUCCACGACCGACUCCUUUCUCAGCUCCCCUGGAGACGUCGCCAGCAACGACAUCACCAACGCCGUCCUCAAAGUCACCAACAAGUUGCAGAGCGCCAUCAACACCGAAGCCAUCAUCUCCGCCUGUAUCGUCGGUGUCUGGCUUCUCGUGGUCCUCAUCGGCCUGAUCCGCACCCUCAUCGCUAUGAGAAGCCGCGACAAGACCCGCGGCGAAGGCGGCCCCAUGGGCUACGCCGGCGACAACCCAACGCCCAUGCCCAUGCGGCCACCGACGCCGAACCGCAAAACCAAGCCAGCAUUCCCUCGCUUCGGCGGCCCCGAGAGCUCAGCACCGCUGAGUUCCGUACCGCCGGACGUGUUCGCAUGGGGCGCGGGCGGGCUCGUCGAUGACGAGAAGCUGGGCACGGUGGGUCGGCGGAGCGUGGAGGCGAAUAUCAAACCAGGGCAUGAGAGAAGUAGCAGCUAUGCUUAUGUAGAGGGGAAGCGAUGAGCGGGCUGGUUCGUUCUCCUCGUGCUUUCCACUGCGAGAUUUUCCCUUGGAAUUUAGGGGGAGGGGGAGUUAUGCAUACGGGUAGAAUAUAUUACAAUCAAGAC